CCAAACAAAAAUCUGGAGCCAUUGCCGACGUCGUCUUCUCUCCAAUUGGGGCUCUAUAAUUAUUAUUAUUAAUUAUAGAUAUACCCAAUCACUUCCAAUUCGAGAUCCACUUGUUUUGACUUUCACUGCUACUAAUCAAGGCUUCACUUUCUCGAUUGUUCAGGUGAUGGUAUGAAUCGAUCCUCUUUCGAUUCAACCAGAUGGGGAGAUUUCUCGGUGGCUUUCUUUUGCCCUUACUCUUGUUAACAGCUGCUUUACUAAAUUGGAGUUUGAUCUCUCUUGGCAAUUUGAUAGCUUCACUGAUUAUUCUAUUCACUCCUCCAAAAAGAGGGUUUCAUUUAAGAGGGAGAACGCUACUAUGGUCCAUUGUUCUUUUUUCAUUUCUUGUAAUUAUUUCACAAGUUGCAUUUCUUAUCACAUGGGCCAUCGAGUGUGGAAGCUGCGAUGCAGAAGUACCUUGGUGGGCAAAGCUUUUAGGAUAUAUGAUAGUUGAAACAUGGACAUCACCCAUAGUGAUUUAUCUUUUGAUUGUGCAACUAUUAGUGGCGGUGAUUGCUUCUGUUGAACUCCAUGAAAGCAGAUUAGGGUUGUUUAGACAUGCAUCUACGUUUUUAGGGAGCUUGUCAUCAGCUUUUGAUGGAAUAGGUUCACAUGUGAAGGUUGGUUUCUGUUUGCUGUUACCUGCUGUUCAGUUAGUUGUGGGAAUCAGCAAUUCUUCUUGGGUCUCUUUGCCGUUUUUCGUUUGUAGUUGUGUGGGCCUUGUGGAUUGGUCCUUAACAAGCAACUUCCAUGGCCUUUUCAGGUGGUGGAAGCCUCUUUGGUUCUAUGCAGGAUUCAAUAUAUUCUUGCUUUAUAUCUAUCAACUACCCUUAGGGUUCCCAACGUUCUUUACUACAAUAUGUGAUUUCAUCGGCCUCUACCAAGUUUCAACAACCUUUGAAUGGCCACAAAUUUGUUCAAGUCUUUCACUUAUCAUAUUUUGCUUCAUGUUAUCUUUUGUCAAAUUCGAUUUGGAAGAAAUGGAUUCCAUCAUGUCCAUGAGUGAAAGCAACUUGACUGAGUAUCUUUUGCCUAUAAAGAACUCUUUUUUUGUUCGUGAAUCUAGAUCUGGAGUAAGACAUACCAAUGUUUUAUUAAGAGGUGCAGUUUUUCGGAUAUUUAGCAUUAACUUCUUCACAUAUGGCGUCCCGGUUUCCCUUUGUGCCCUUUGUUUGUGGAGCUUCUAUUUUGCAAGUGUAUGCGCGUUUGGGUUACUUGCAUACGUCGGUUACGUUAUAUUUGCUUACCCAUCUUUAUUUCGGUUGCAUCGCCUAAACGGGCUACUCCUUGUGUUCAUUCUCUUAUGGGCUGUCAGUACAUAUAUCUUUAACGUCGCAUUUUCGUACCUCCAUUGGGAUCUUGAAAAGGAUAUGGAGAUUUGGGAAAUGGUGGGACUUUGGCAUUAUCCUAUUCCUGGAUUUUUUAUACUUGCUCAAUUUUGUCUCGGAGUUUUGGUUGCGCUCGGGAAUCUUGUGAACAACUCUGUUUUUCUUUACAUCUCCGAUGAGGAGGACCAGCCGACAUCAAAUGGAGAUGCCACUCAGGAAGUUACGGAAGAUACAAAAGUACUGAUUGUGGCUACAAUUGCUUGGGUACUAAGGAAAUGUUCUCGUGCUAUCAUGCUAGUGCUAAUAUUUCUCAUUGCAAUGAAGCCCGGUUUCAUCCACGCUUUGUACAUGAUAUUCUUUUUCCUGUAUCUUUUAAGUCACGACAUCGGCGAUAAAGUACGGCAUACGCUUCUUCUUUUGUGCGAACUUCAUUUUGCUUUGUUGUACUCUCUUCAAAUAACUCUCGUGUCUCAAGCUUUGGAGAAAAGUGGGUCCCUGAGUUUGGAAAUCUUAUCUCAGUUAGGUUUCUGUGGACAAAAUAGCCCGUGGGAUUUUGUGGAAAUCGCAUUGCUUGCAUGCUUCUGUGCGAUUCAUAAACACGGAUACGACUUGCUGUUUUCAUUCUCGGCAAUCGUGCAACACACGCCGUAUCCUCCAGUCGGGUUCAGCAUCUUGAAAGCGGGUUUGAACAAAUCGGUUUUGUUGUCUGUUUAUGCCUCGGGAACCGCCACAAACAGUGACGAUAAUCUAUCCCAAGAGAGAAAAGUGGCUUCAUAUCUUGGUGCAAUCGGCCAGAAAUUUCUGUCAAUAUAUCGAUCGUUUGGCACGUACAUUGCGUUUCUAACAAUACUCAUCACAGUUUAUAUGGCAAGGCCCAAUUUCGUAUCGUUCGGAUUCAUUUUCCUUCUUCUAUUUUGGAUCACCGGUAGACAACUUGUUCAAAAAACAAAACGCCGCCUUUGGUACCCACUAAAGCUGUAUUCAAUCGUCAUGUUCAUUAUCACCUACAUUUUAAGUAUUUUUCCUGCUUUCAAAUCAUGGGUAUCCACAAAAGUCGAUCUUUAUGCAUACCUUGGGUACAAUCCGGAUGCCUCGUUGUUAACAAACGUAUACGAAUCAUUAGCAAUAAUGAUCGUCAUGCAACUUUAUAGCUACGAAAGGAGGCAAAGCAGGUAUAGAACGUUAGAAGAUCCAAACCGAAUGCAAUUCGGGUUUGUCGGGUUUAUUCAACGCCUUUUAAUAUGGCACAGUCAGAAGAUACUGUUCGGUGCUAUGUUUUAUGCUGCGAUAUCUCCGAUAAGUGCUUUUGGGUUUUUACAUCUUCUUGGUAUCGUGUUAUGUUCCAUUUUACCAAAAGCUUCACGGAUCCCGUCAAACUCGUUUCUUGUCUACACGGGGGUUCUCGUGACGGUUGAAUACUUGUUUCAGAUGUUGGGUGGAUUAGUGGGUAUGUUUCCGGGCCAACAAUAUUACAGUCUGUCGGUUUUUCUUGGGUUGAAGGUUUACGAUAGCGGGUUUUGGGGUGUGGAAGCGGGGUUGCGGGCUAAAGUGCUGGUGGUUGCCGCUUGUACGCUGCAAUACAACGUUUUUUAUUGGCUCAAAAUGAUGCCUAGUUGGUUUUCGGGUGUUGGUCAAUGGGAAGAGCCAUGCCCGUUAUUUUUUUCCGAAGAAGAUGUGUUGCGAAAUGUAGAUAACGACGCAGCGGCAAGUUCAAGUGGUGGGAAAACCGGGAUUAGAACCAGUAGCUCGUGGGCGUCGGCUCGUGAUUCGGGUACGAAAACGGGGGUAACCGAGAGUAACAGUAGACGAUACUUGCUUGGGUACUUUUUGGGGAGUGUUAACGAGAGCCAUAAAUGGAACAAAAAACGGGUUCUUGAAUUACGAAAAGAAAGAUUCAUAAUGCAGAAAACUUCAUUGAAAGUAUACUUGAAGUUUUGGUUGGAAAACAUGUUUAUACUUUUCGGGCUGGAGAUCACUAUGAUCGCACUGCUUCUCGCGAGUUUUGCUCUUCUUAACGCUGUUUCAAUUCUUUAUAUCGCGUCACUUGCAGCUUGCGUGCUUUUAGGUCGCCAGUUUAUACGAAAAGCAUGGCCGUUUUUCGUUUUCCUGUUUGCUACUAUACUCGUGCUAGAAUAUUUCGCCAUUUGGAGGAACCCGGUCCCGUCUAUUGAACCGGAACCCGAAGACAUCAUCCGAUGCCAUGAGUGCUGGCGGUAUUCGGUUCAAUAUUUUGGCUAUUGCUGCGACUGUUGGCUAGGGCUCACCGUUGAUGAUCCGAGAGUACUCAGCAGCUACUUUUUGGUCUUCAUGUUUGCGUGUUUCAAGCUUCGAGCGGAUCGAUUCGGUAGCUUCUCUGGCUCGUUCACUUACCGACAAAUGAUAGCUCAACGGAAGAAUUCGUUCGUAUGGCGAGAUCUCUCGUUCGAAACCAAAUCAAUGUGGACGAUUCUUGACUACCUGAGACUGUAUUGUUACUGUCAUUUGUUAGAUCUUGUUCUCGCGUUGAUUUUAAUCACGGGAACGCUCGAAUACGAUAUUUUACACCUCGGAUAUCUUGCUUUUGCUCUGAUUUUCUUUCGAAUGAGACUUACGAUACUCAAGAAAAAGAAUAAAAUAUUUAAGUGGUUGCGGAUGUACAAUUUUGCCGUCAUCGUUCUUUCGCUGGCGUAUCAAUCUCCGUUUAUCGGUGCUUUCAAUGACGGAAAAUGUGAAACGGUGGAUUAUAUCUACGAGGUUAUCGGGUUUUAUAAGUACGAUUACGGGUUUAGAAUCACAUCACGGUCAGCUUUGGUUGAAAUCGUCAUUUUUAUUCUGGUAUCACUGCAAUCAUAUAUGUUCGCUUCAGAAGAAUUCGAUUACGUGUUUCGGUAUCUCGAAGCUGAGCAAAUCGGCGCGAUUGUACGCGAACAGGAAAAGAAAGCUGCCUGGAAAACCGCACAGUUACAGUACAUCCGCGAAGCUGAGGAGAUGAAACGGCAGCGUAAUUUGCAAGUCGAGAAGAUGAAAUCCGAGAUGCUUAAUUUACAAAUCCAACUUCAGAGCACGGAUACCGCACCGGCACCAAGCACCGACGGUUCUCCUUUACGUGAGGGUUUAAGGAGACGAAGAAGCACCGAACCCACCACUUUAAAUCUCGAUAACGAAGAUGCAACUCCCAAGAAACAAAAGUCUGAUGCUUUUGUCGACUCGUUUUUUCCUUACGAAAGUUUGUCUGCGGUUGCGUCUCCCAAGAAAACAUCGCUUUCGGAGAUCACCGAGUUUGAAGAGGACGUGCCAGAGAUGCAAAAUAAACGAAGGGCACCAAAGCGAGACACCUCAUUGAAAUCCGCCGUACAGUUGAUCGGCGACGGUGUUUCUCAAGUACAAUCAAUCGGAAAUCAGGCGGUUACGAAUCUAGCAAAUUACUUUAAUAUCCCACACGAAAAUUCAGAUUCUGAUUCAGACGUUCCGUCCGAAUCGUUAAAAGCCGAUACACAUGACCAGAUGGAAGGUUACAUGGCUUUCAACCGUUCUACAGCUUCUGUGGAAUCGGAUAAAAGUGAUUCGCCAAGCAUACGUAUCGGCCAUAUCUUCCAACAUAUAUGGGCGCAAAUGCGAUCGAACAACGAUGUCGUGUGCUACUGCUGCUUUCUCAUCGUAUUUCUAUGGAACUUUAGCCUGCUUUCGAUGGUGUAUCUUGCAGCUCUGUUUUUGUACGCACUUUGUGUCAAUACGGGACCGAGUUAUACGUUCUGGGUCGUAAUGUUGAUCUACACCGAGUUCUACAUCUUGAUUCAGUACAUGUAUCAAAUCAUCAUCCAACAUUGCGGUUUUACAAUCCAAUCAGCGUUUCUCUCUGAAUGGGGGUUUCCGACUAAAAAGAUAACUUCGUCAUUCGUUAUCAGCUUGUUACCUCUGUUUCUCGUUUACCUAUUCACCCUAAUUCAAAGCUCGAUAACUGCUAAAGACAGUGAAUUGGUAACGGAGUUCAGUAGUCUCAUCGGGGGGAUCACGAAUCAAAAUGAGCUUCUUGUGAAUCCGAAUUGGCGGGAAAACACACAAAAGGUUAUUCGACUUGCAAAAAACUUUGCAAUGUUGAUCAUCAGAAACUGUACUCGAUAUUGGAAAUCUUUAACGCAAGAAGCUGAAUCUCCCCCGUAUUUCGUCCAGUUAUCGAUGGACGUUCGUUAUUGGCCCGAAGACGGGAUCCAACCGGAAAGAAUCGAGUCGGGAGUGAAUCAAGUUCUUCGAUUGGUUCAUGAUGCAAGAUGUAAAGAACCGAACCCGACAACGUGCCCUUGUCCCAGUAUUGUUCAAGUUCAAAGCAUUGAAAAAAGCGAAGAAGACUCGAAAGUUGCAUUAGUGGUUUUCGAAGUGGUUUAUGCAUCACCACCGGAAGAGUGCACGUUAACCGAAAGAUACAAAUCGUUAACCCCGGCAGCCGAUGUAGCUAAAGAAAUAACUGAAGCACAAAGUGCAAAUCUUUUCGAAAAAGUUGGGUUUCCGUAUCGGAUUAUUUCAGUAAUCGGUGGUGGAAAACGAGAAAUUGAUCUUUACGCGUACACAUUUGGUGCUGAUUUGGCGGUUUUCUUUUUGGUUGCAAUCUUCUAUCAAUCUGUUAUAAAAAACAAAAGCGAAUUACUGGAUGUUUAUCAGCUUGAAGAUCAGUUUCCAAAGGAGUUUGUGUUCUUUCUAAUGGCAAUUUUCUUCUUAAUCGUGCUUGAUCGGAUUAUAUAUUUGUGUUCGUUUGCUACCGGUAAAGUCAUAUUCUACAUUUUCAACCUUGUGCUUUUCACGUAUUGUGUAACGCUUUACGCUUGGAAUACAAAACCUUCACAACAAAGUGCAGUGGGCUUUGCACUCCGAGCAAUAUAUCUCACAAAAGCCAUAUCGCUUGCAUUUCAAGCAACGCAAAUACGAUCCGGUAUUCCUCAUAAAAGUACGUUAUACAGGCAGUUUUUGACUAGCAGUGUUUCAAGAGUUAAUUAUUUGGGGUAUAGACUCUAUCGGGCCCUACCAUUUCUUUACGAGUUAAGAUGUGUGCUUGAUUGGUCAUGCACUACCACAUCGUUGACCAUGUAUGACUGGCUUAAGUUGGAGGACAUAAAUGCAAGCUUGUACCUGGUGAAAUGUGAUUCGGUUCUAAAUAGAGCGAAUCAUAAACAAGGAGAACGGCAGACACGAAUGACAAAAUUUUGCAACGGCAUAUGCUUAUUCUUUAUACUGAUCAUCGUCAUCUGGGCUCCGAUGCUUAUGUAUAGUAGCGGGAAUCCAACAAACAUUGCAAACCCCAUCAACGAUGCCAGUAUUCAGUUCGACAUAAAAACCGACGGUGGAAGAUUAAUGUUGUACCAAACAACUUUAUGUUCAAUCACCCCUUGGACCGACUUUGACUCUUCGGUUGACCUUGACCCGUAUGGCUAUCUUGAAUCGUAUAACGUAAAUGAUAUUCAACUGAUUUGCUGUCAAGCAGAUGCCACCGAUCUAUGGCUUGUUCCAAAUGUCAUUCAAACCAGAUUCAGUCAGUCAAUCGAUAAAAAUAUGGAUAUGAAAUUCAGUUGGAUACUCACUCGAGAUAGGCCGAAAGAUAAAGAAGUCGUCAAGUUUGGGCAAAAUUUGGCCCAUUCAGAUCUACCCGACCCGUCAGCAGUUAAACAAGUUCUAGAAGGUUCUAGUGAUACUUUUAGGGUAAACAACACGUAUCCUCGGUAUUUUCGUGUUACGGGUUCUGGGGAGGUCAGAGUGUUUGACCAAGAGGCAACUGGUGUAGACGGGGCGCUUUUUUUGAACCGUGGGGAGUCACAAUGGUGGUCGUUUUACGAUAUUAGUUUGUUGAACUCAAGUGUGUGUGGAGAUUUGAUGGGGCCCAUGGCGAUUGUUGUGUCAGAAGAAACGCCACAGGGUUUUCUUGGAGAGACGUUGAGUAAGUUCAGUAUAUGGGGUCUUUAUAUUACAUUUGUGCUAGCGGUUGGUAGAUUCAUCCGGCUUCAAUGCUCAGAUCUGAGAAUGAGAAUCCCGUUUGAAAACCUUCCUUCUUGUGACAGGUUGAUUGCGAUUUGUGAGGAUAUAUAUGCUGCUAGGUCUGAAGGGGAGCUUGGAGUGGAGGAGGUGUUGUAUUGGACAUUGGUGAAAAUAUACAGGUCGCCGCACAUGCUGUUAGAGUACACAAACCCCGAGUAGUUUGUUAGAAAGUCAAAAGUCAAAGAUACCCAGUUAUUUCAGGAAAAGAAGUGGCUAACUAUACAAUUGCUAACAUUAAGGUAAAUCCCAAGCUUUAGACACAGAGAGAAAGAGAAAGUGUGUGUGUGUGUGUGUGUAUCAAUCCAUUCAUUAAUCUUGUAUCAUGUAUAUGUAUGUGUAUAUGUUGAUAAGAGAGAUUUGCGUCGAGUACCUUGUAACAUAUAUAACACAAUUCUUAUGUUGUCAGUUAAUCAAAAGUGUAACUUAGACAAAUGCUGAUUUGUAACAUCUAGUGUAUCAAACUACAUGUAUUCAUGCA